AUGGACGAUCCUUAUGCUGGUUUCGACGAGGUGGAUGACUUUGGUUCUAUGAAUGGUUUCCAAAGUCAUUCAUUCCAACAAGCUGUAGCUCGAUCAAGUCAUGGGAGACGACCGAUUAGCACAACUGGUGUGGCGCCUGUAUCUAUGACCCUGCCAUCGUCCUCGGCCGGGAGAAGCAGUUAUGGCCGUAUCGGGACGGCGUCUGUUAUAAAAAACGAACCGGCACGACCAAUGACAGCCGUUAGAGCUGCUGGAUACACUUCUUUUGCCAACAAAAUACAGGCUAAUGAACUUGCUACUUCAUCAGAGGUUAAGACUCCAGAGAAUUCAGAGGAUAAGUAUGUCGAGAUGGAGCUGAAAGUCAUAGAUGUUUUGAAAGAGAGUGUUUUACUUGCAGACAAAAAAAUGUUUAAGCCAGCAUUAGAGAAAGCGAAAGAAGCUGGUAGAAAGGAAAGAGCUGUUGUGAAAUUUCGAGAACAACAAAAAAUGGUUGAAACAAUGAAUUUGGAUUUAACUUUCGUUGUCUUAUUCAAUUUGGCUCAGCAGUACUUGAAUAACGACAUGGCUAACGAGGCUUUGAACACUUACCAAUUAAUUGUUAAGAACAAGAUGUUUCCGAAUUCUGGGCGGCUAAAAGUCAAUAUUGCCAAUAUUCAUUUCAAAAAGAAGGAGUACAACAAAGCUUUGAAGUAUUACCGUAUGGCUUUAGAUCAGAUACCUAGUAUACAGAAAGAAACUAAGAUCAAAAUACUGAACAAUAUUGGGGUUUGUUUUAUUCGUAUUGGAAAAUACGAUGAUGCCCUAUCAACAUUCGAGCAUUGUGUAGAAGAACGUGCAGAUUUUUCAACUGGCUUGAACUUAGCAUACUGUAUUGAUGAUGCUGAUAAGAUGAAAGAUGCUUUCCAGAGAAUGUUAGAUAUUCCAAUAUCUGGUGAUGAUGAAUUGAAGAGUCAAGAGAAAGAAGAUGUACUUUUAAAUCAAGUAUUGAAUAACGAUAGCCUGAGACACUGGGAGCGAUCUAAAAGACAUUAUGCUGAGAGGGCUAUAUUAACUGCUGCUAAAAUUAUCAGUCCAGCGAUUGCAAAUGAAUUCGCUAUUGGGUACGAUUGGUGUGUUGAAGCAAUCAAACAAUCUGUGCACUCUCCGCUAGCGACAGAAUUGGAAAUGGGAAAAGCGGGAGAUUUAUUGAAAAGAGGUGAUCUGGAAGGAGCUAUUGAGGUACUGAAAGCAUUUCAUUCGCAAGAUUCAAAAAUCGCUAUCGCUGCAGCGAACAACCUGGCUAUGCUACAUCUUUUAAAAGGUAAUGAAAAACUGAAAGAAGCCGAAGAAUACUCUGAACAAGCAUUACAGCUUGACCACUAUAGUGCAAACGCUUUAGUUAAUGCAGGCAAUAUCGCGUAUUUCCACGGUGAUCCGAAUAAGGCUCUGCAUAACUAUAGAGAAGCACUGUCUAAUGAAGCGUCUUGCGUCCAAGCUCUCUACAACAUGGGAUUGAUUCACCAUGAGCUGGGGAAUCUAGAACAAGCCCUGGAUUGCUUCUAUAAACUUCAUAAUAUCCUGUUAAAUAACGUUCAAGUUUUCUGUCAGCUUGCGUCUAUAUACGAGUCUCUCGAAGAUACUGCCCAAGCCAUAGAGCUUUACAGUCAAGCGAACAGCUUGGCUCCAACUGAUCCUGCUAUUCUAUCUAAGCUGGCUUCAAUCUAUGAUGCUGAAGGAGACAAGUCUCAAGCAUUUCAAUGUAAUUAUGAUAGUUAUCGCUACUUCCCGUCAAACAUAAAAAUAAUUGAAUGGCUUGGAGCAUAUUACAUAGAAACGCAGUUCUCGGAGAAAGCUCUUUUGUAUUUUGAGAAAGCCUCAAUUAUGCAACCCAAUGAGAUAAAAUGGCAGUUAAUGAUGGCCUCAUCACAGCGCCGGGCCGGUAACUACCAGAAAGCUCUGGAUUUAUACAAGAAUAUAAACAGAAAGUUUCCAGAAAACAUUGAAUGUCUAAAAUUUCUGGUACGUCUCUGUACGGAUUUGGGUAUGCCAGACGCUGCUGAUUUCGGAGAAAAACUCAAAAAGGUUGAACGCGUCAAUGCUCUUAGAAUCCAACGUGAAUCCGAUAGUAGUCAUGGAAAACGUCAUAGCGCUAAUUCAGCCCAAAGUCUACCUAUACCCCAAAACGAAUAUCGCCCGAACUCAUUGCAAAACAGGAACGCAAGUGCACAGCAAGAGAUAGUGUCAGCUGAUACGACUUUUAGUAUCAAUCAGAAAGACAUGAAAUCCAAUGAUUUUUCCUACAAGGAUCUUUUUGGCCCAGCACCUUCUAGACCUAAGACAGGCUCAGUGAAAAAGCAAAGAGAAGACUCAUUUGAAGACUUUGACGACUCUCUUCUACCAGAAUGA